UGUUAUGGUAAAAACGAGUAAUCAUAAUCCCGAUCGUGCUGCUGUUUGUCAAAAAGCCAUAAAUGAGUGGAAUAAUAUUAAGAAAAAGAGUGUCGAUGAUAUUGAUAAUAAAAUUCAGGACUAUAUGGCCACACCAUUUAACUUGUACGAUAUAUAA